CAAGUCAGACAAGUUGCGGAGCAGACAAGAAGGCGGUGGUGACUGUUGUGGUGAUCGCUGUGAUUAACGCGAGUGGUUAUUAGCUCCGAGCUGAACAUAAUCAUUUGCUCCCGCUCACAACGAUUUGAAUGACAAAAAGACGCUUAAAUUGGUAGGUUUAUUGGCUGUUAUUAAGCAAGGAGCCGGUCAUCUGUGGACAAUGAGGAAGAUUGCAUUGCUGCUAAUUGUGCUGCUCGGCGUUGCACACUUUGCUAAUAUUUGCAGGUGUGAAGAUGAGGAAAACGACGAGUUGGAGGAAGAGGAGAGCGAUGACGUCAUGGAGGAUGAAGAUGACGACACAGAAAUCAAAGAGGAGAAUGGAGUGAUGGUUCUCACAGACGCCAACUUUGAGUCCUUCAUGGAGGGCAAAGACACAGUGCUCGUUGAGUUUUACGCUCCAUGGUGUGGUCAUUGCAAACAGUUUGCUCCAGAAUAUGAAAAGAUUGCACAGACCCUAAUGGAGAACGAUCCUCCAAUCCCGGUGGCUAAAGUGGAUGCCACAGUUGCCAAAGACGUGGCCAGCAGAUUUGACGUGUCUGGUUAUCCCACCAUUAAGAUCUUGAAAAAAGGCGAACCAGUGGACUAUGAUGGCGACAGGACAGAACAAGCCAUUGUGGCUCGCGUCAAAGAGGUCGCUCAACCUGACUGGCAGCCGCCUCCCGAGGCCACGCUGGUGCUCACCAAGGACAACUUUGACGAGACAGUCAACAAUGCCGACAUCAUCCUGGUAGAGUUCUACGCCCCUUGGUGUGGCCACUGUAAGCGUCUGGCUCCCGAAUACGAGAAGGCGGCCCAGGAGCUCAGCCAGCGCUCUCCUCCUAUCCCUCUGGCCAAGGUGGACGCCACCGUGGAAAACGACAUUGCCUCCCGCUUCGAGGUCUCCGGCUACCCCACCCUCAAGAUCUUCAGGAGGGGCAAAAUGUUUGACUACAACGGGCCCAGAGAGAAGUUUGGCAUUGUGGACUUCAUGAACGAGCAGGCGGGACCUCCUUCCAAGCAGGUCCAGGCUGUUAAACAAGUGCAAGAGCUCCUAAAGGACGGUGACGAUGCGGUCAUCGUUGGAGUCUUCUCCAGCGAGGAUGCGGCUUAUGAGACCUACAUUGAGGCUUGUAACUCGCUCAGGGAGGACUUCACCUUCCGCCACACCUUCAGUGCCGAGGUGGCCAAGCUGCUCAAAGCAUCGCCCGGGCAUGUUAUCAUCAGUCAGCCUGAAAAGUUCCGCUCCAAAUAUGAACCAGCAUCAAGCACACUUGCAGUCAAGGACUCUACAUCAGUGUCUGAUGUGCAGGAGUUCUUCAAAAAGCACGCCAUCCCUCUGGUGGGCCACAGGAAGCCGAGCAACGACGCUAAACGCUACACCAAGAGGCCGCUGGUGGUCGUGUAUUACGGAGUAGAUUUUAGCUUCGACUACAGGAAAGCCACGCAGUUCUGGAGGUCCAAGGUGCUGGAAGUGGCCCAUGACUUCCCAGAGUACACGUUUGCCAUCGCUGACGAGGAAGACUAUGCCGAAGAGCUGAAGAGUCUGGGCCUGAGCGAGAGCGGCGAGGAAGUCAACGUGGGGAUUCUGGCAGAAGGCGGCAAAAAGUUUGCCAUGGAUCCUGAGGAGUUGGAUGCUGACGUGCUGAGGGACUUUGUCACGGCUUUUAAAAAGGGAAAGCUGAAGCCUGUCAUUAAGUCCCAACCAGUGCCAAAGAACAACAAAGGCCCAGUAAAGGUUGUAGUGGGGAAAACUUUUGAGGAUAUUGUCUUGGAUACCGAAAAAGACGUCCUCAUUGAGUUUUACGCUCCUUGGUGUGGACACUGUAAAAAACUAGAGCCUGAUUACUUGGCCCUAGGCAAGAAGUAUAAGAGUGAGAAGAACCUGGUGAUCGCCAAGAUGGACUCCACCGCCAACGACGUGCUGGACGACAACUACAAAGUGGAAGGAUUCCCUACAAUAUACUUUGCUCCCAGCAACAGCAAACAUAAGCCGAUCAAAUUCGAAGGAGGGGACAGGACUGUAGAUGGCUUUAGUAAGUUUGUGGAAGAGCACGCGACAAUGUUGUCACACAAACGAGAUGAGCUUUGAAAAAAAAAAAAACCCACUGGCACUAAAGAACUUAAACUGGGCUUGGGAAGAGUCUGAGAAAGUGAAGGGAAGCAAUCAAGCAUAAAAAGAUUUAGUUACUGACGAUGACAGAGUUCAACAGUUUUAGUUUGCGUUCAUUCCAAGAAGAGAUAUCCUACUUUGUGCUUCCAAAAAGCAUGUGAGCUGUGAUGGUUUUUAAAUAAAACAAAAUGAGGGCUCUGUGGGCCAACACUC